CAGGACUUGCUACCAACGCCUCGUGCACCUUGCGUUCCCACAACAAUCGACACUCUUUCGCACACACUAGAUACAAUUCAGCAACCAUGGCACAGAGAUGGGGAGACGUCCUCGACGACGAUUCGGACGAUGAGGAAAUCCAGAACCAGCAGCCCAUGACCUCGGACGGGGGCCUUGUGAUCCCGCCCACCCAGAAGUCGCGGAUCGACACGAAGGGCAUCCAGAUCGUCACCUCGUACCGCCAGCACCCGGCCAACGCGAGCCAGCUCCUCAAGACCAUCACCAAGGUCAAGGUGACCACCCAGAAGGUCCGAGAAGCAAAGGCCGUAGAGAAGCGCCGCCAGUGGAAGAAGUUUGGAAACGCCCUCAAGGACGGCGCCGAGGGCGCCCAGCGUUCGACCAUUCUCUCCAAGGACGACAUCUUCAUCGAGGACCCGAACGCCGACAACGACUUGCAGGACGAGGACGCCGCCAAGGAGCUCUCGACCAACCUGAACGCCUUCUGGUCGAAGCAGCAGGAGCGCCAGUUGCAGCGCAAGUACGGCGUGGAGGAGAAGGACARCGCCGCCGGCGGUGGAUGGAACGUCGUCGGUGCCGGAGGAGGCGCCGCCUCGGGCGGAAAGUACGUCCCUCCCUCGGCGAGAGGGGCCAUGGCGGGAGGCGUCAAGCCGGAGCGCCGAACGGACGACCUCAACACCAUCCGUGUGACCAACAUUUCGGAAAACACCACCGAGGCCGAUCUCCAGGACCUCUUCAAGCCCUUUGGUCGCAUCUCCCGUGUCUACCUCGCCAAKGACAAGGAAACCAUGCAGUCCCGCGGUUUCGCCUUUGUCUCUUUUGUGAACAAGGACGACGCCGCGAGGGCCAUGGAGAAGCUCCAGGGAUUCGGUUACGAUCACUUGAUUCUCAAGCUCGAGUGGGCCCGGCCCAACACACCCAAGGAUCCCGCCAGCUCCGGUACCGAGUUCCGAUCCGGAUACGGUAAGGCCCUGGCRCAGGACACCAAGGAGAAGGUUUCGUACGCUUCCAACCUUACAAAGGGUAUAUAGGCGGUGCGGACACACUCCCGAUGCCGCGGCUGCYACGGAGGAAACCAGCACUACCUGCCGAUUGCCCUGGAGGGUUUCCGUUGUCUUGCGGUGCUGGUGCCGGUGCACAGCUGCGUUCGUAGUACUAUCAUGAUUUGAUGGUAAUAAUGACAUUGAUAUUAAGAAUCAAAUUUGAAAYAACCA